AUGUCCCAGAAUAGCAGGUGCUGGUGCACUCAAGCACCUGCUAUGCUAGGACGUACUGCCAACUAUCAAGAAAUGAGAUUAUCUGUAUCCAACACCAAGGUAUUGGUAUUGCCAAAACUUACCACCAAACCUCAUCAAUUUCCGCUUAAAUUUGUCUGCACUGGUUGCCUAUGGAUCUUCAAUGUUUUUAACGUCUUCAACAUCCUCUAUGGGUCAAGUGGCAUAGACAAAUGGGAAGGACAUUUGCGUUGUCAACUUCCUGUUGAUGAUAAACUACAUGCAGCUGGUGAUAAAAUGUCAGAGUACGCUAUACUUUCUCUAGCAUUGAACUCCAUACCUGACAGUCUCUCAACGGUAUCUACAAUGCAGAAGUCGCCCAUCUCCCAACAAAGCCCAGCAAACAAACUUUUCAAGACUGGCAUCCAAUUGGCAAAUGCUCAACAUUGGGUGUCAUUUUACGAUACAACUGUUAAUGCCAGCCUUAACCCCCAUAUCCUGCUCCAUCAGCUUGGCUAUGAGCUCCUUGCGCCAAUGGCAUUUUUUCUCCCUAGACCUUACAGCCCUCCUCUAUCAGAUUCACAAGACUAUCUGGAACCUUCAGAAAGGGACAGUGAAGAUGAACAUCUGACUGUUCAGCAAAAAAGCGCCAAAAAGGAGAAGAUACAUGAUUGUCAAGCCAACAAUGUCUGGACAGAGUGUGAACAAGAGUGUGCUGAGAAGGGCAACAGAGUUAAUGACAUAGAUAAUUUGCAAUCACAGGGUCAUAAAGCUCCAUCUGAUAUCCCUUCUUCUAUGCUUGACAGAGUUGGCUGUAUGCAAACCCACCUGCCUGAAGAGUGCCAGAUGCUUGAGCAAAUUGUGUCCAUCUUACCAGGAAACCACAACUUCCCAGCCUCCCCCUUCCUCUCACUGGUCAUCAAUAUCAACGUACAGACAAAGGCUCACUGUGACAGCAAGGACCAGGAGUUUUGCCUGGUUCUUCCCAUUAGAACAUUCAGGGGGGCAGCUCUUGUGAUGGUUGAGACAGGCCUUGUCAUUGAGCUGAAUCAUGGGGACUUUGUAAUUUUCAGGUUGUCUGAUUUCACUUAUCUCAACCUUCAUUAUGAAGCAAUUCUCAGAGGUAUUGUCAGGAGUUAUUCAUAUUCUGACCAGAAUGCCUGCCCUAAACUCUGUGGGCUGGUCAACUUUGAUGGCAGGGUACAAUCUACCCAGGCAGCUCAGAAAGAGGCAUUGGAAGCCAAAUGCAUAGUAAUGAGAAAGAGAGCAGCUAGUUAUAUGGAAAAAGAAGAAGAACAGGAUCUUAAUGACAUUGACACAGUUACACCAUCAAACCCUCCUAUAAAAAAACAAGCCAUUGAUAAUGCAUCUGAUGAAGAAGAUUUUCAAGGGGUUCUAAUUCAAAAGCCACACAUAGAUGUUGAUGGACUCAUUCUGGAUGAUCAAAUGGGGAAAAAGCAUAGGAUCACCCUUGAUAUGUUUCCCAGUCAUCUUCUGGAUCUUGCUACUGCUGGGCAUGCUGUCAUGAGAUUGCUUAUCAAUGCUUCAAAAGGCCGAAAAGAUUUACAAGCCAAGCUUCUAGAGGUUUGGUCUGCUGUUGCCCAGGUCCAGGGAGAAAUUGUAGCCAAAGCUCGUCUUAUGAUCAAUGGUGCUUACCAUAUUUCUGGUGAUAUGGCGCCAGCUCAGAUCAAGGAAGUUGCUAGAACAUUUAACAAGCAGAAACCUUUUUCUUAUCAGAUCUUCAAGAUUGUGCGCUACCCUGAACAUUUCAAAGGCAUCCCUUUAGCCCUACUUGCAAUUAUCACCACAGCUGUGUUUAUCUUAUUAAGCUUUCAGAUUGAAUGUUCACUCAGAGCAUACAUGAAUGGCAACAAGGCCACACUUGAGUUCUCAGAGAAUUUUUUCAAAACCAGUUCUUCAAAGGAAAAGUCCUAUCUGGAUGAAGAAAAUGAUAGAAGGCUUGUACCAGGACAUUUUAAAUCUGGCAAAUCUUCACUAUCUAGGGAUUGA